AAUGGUGGGAGACGCUAUCGUCGACAUAAAAGGCGGCGAGAGAAACAGGGGGAAAGAAAAGGGGCGGAGAGGAGAGAGAAAGAUCAGGGUUUUGCGUGCCCUCUCUCUCAAAACCCUAGGUGGCUAGGUCCGCCGGGCCUCAAUCAAUCUCCGCUGGCUCCAUUUCAGGCUUGAUCCGGCGAUCCUGCGACCUCGGUUGGCUUCUCGUUCCUGGAUUGGGGAGUCGAGGAGAAAAGGCAAAUUUGGAUGAUGGGAUGGUUGGUGCGUUAGGGUUUCGGAGGGAAAAAAGAUUUGACUUGACAAGUGCCGCUUCUGGUAUGGAAGACGUGAAGCCGUCGAUUGCGUCGCUUGCAGACGACCGUGGUGAAAUGGAAGCUCGAUUUGCUGAUCUGCUGAAGAGCAAGCUCACUCUUGACGAGAGUAUAGUUAGGCAGGCAAUAGUUCUAUUCAAGGAAAGCAAACACAUCCUCUUGGCAAAUAUGUCAGCAAUAGGAAGUGGAUCGCCUGAGGAGAUCGAGAGGUUUUGGUCUGCAUUUGUACUGUACAGUGUGACGAAGCUCAGCAAGGGAAGAUUUAAGCAAGAUAAGGAUGAAAAUUGCAUCACCCUCUGUCAGAUACUCAGAAUAUUUAAGCUGAAUGUUGUGGAUUUCUUUAAAGAGAUGCCACAAUUUUGUCUGAAGGCAGGCCACAUUUUAAGUGGUUUGUAUGGCUUAGAUUGGGAGAAGAGGCUUGAGGUAAAAGAGCUACAGGCAAACAUUGUCCACUUGUGUCUUCUUAGCAGGUACUAUAAGCGGGCAUACCAGGAGUUGUUCAUGCAUACUGAUUCAAAUAAUGGUCAUGAUUCAGCGAUUUCUGCUGGUUCAAAGGGAUGCAUUUCUGAUUACCAUCAAUUUGGAUGGUUGUUAUUUUUAGCUCUUCGUAUGCAUGCAUUUGGUCACUUCAAGGAUCUUGUGACGUGUACUAAUGGAUUAGUUUCAAUCCUGGCUAUACUUAUUCUUCAUGUGCCCAUCCAUGCCAGGAUGUUUAGAAUUCAAGAUUCACCAAUUUUUGCUAAAAAAUCUGACAAAGGUGUCAACCUUUUAGCCUCUCUAUGUGACAAAUAUGAUGCUUCGGAGGAUGAAUUGAGAAGAAUAUUGGAAAUGACAAAUAACUUGAUAGUGGAUAUCUUGAAGAAAAAACCAUGCGCAGCUUCAGAUGUAAAGAGUGAAUGCCUGGCUUACAUUGACACAGCUGGUUUGACCUAUUUUGAUGAACUAUUGGGGGAAAAAUCACUACAGUCAAAUAUACUUAUCUUUGAGAAAAAUUACAAUGAUGCAAUCCUUAAAGGAGAACUGGAUGAGAGAAUGUUUGUUAAUGAUGAGGACAGUCUAAUUGGCAGUGGAAGCUUGUCUGGGGGUGUCAUUAACAUGUGCGGAACAAAGAGAAAGUAUGACAUAUUUGCUUCACCAGCAAAGUCCAUUACCGGCCCAAUGUCUCCUCCAUGUUCUCCUGGUUCACCCUUGAACAGAAGUCUUAUUGGGUGCAGUAAGUUGGCUCCUGUUACGCCAGUUAGCUCUGCCAUGACUAUGGCAAAGUGGCUUCGAAACAUUAUAUCUCCUCUUCCUUCAAAACCUUCAGCAGAGCUUCUACAUUUCCUUUCAACAUGUGACAAGGAUUUAACGAGUGAUAUUACACAACGGGCCAGCAUUAUUCUUGGAGCAAUUUUUCCAUGUUCUUCAUUUGGAGAUAGGUGUACUUCGGGAGGUAUGCAAAGUGCUGCUCAGAUGGAUAGCUUAUGGGCCGAGCAGAGAAAGUUGGAGGCACUUAAGUUAUACUACAGGGUUUUGGAGGCAAUGUGUAGAGCAGAGUCACAUAUUCUUCAUGGAAGUAAUCUUACUUCAUUGUUAUCAAAUGAACGGUUUCACCGUUGCAUGCUUGCUUGUUCAGCUGAACUGGUUUUGACUGCACAUAAAACUGUUUCUUUGAUGUUUCCUGCUGUUUUGGAGAAAACUGGCAUUACAGCUUUUGAUUUGAGUAAGGUAAUUGAAAGUUUUGUCCGCCAUGAAGAAAGUCUUCCACGGGAGUUAAAAAGACAUUUAAAUUCCUUAGAAGAGAGGCUAUUAGAAAGCAUGGCAUGGGAAAAAGGUUCCACAAUGUACAAUUCUUUGGUAGUAGCAAGACCAUCUCUCUCUCCAGAAAUAAAUCGUUUAGGACUAUUAGCUGAACCAAUGCCUUCUCUAGAUACUAUUGCUGAGAAUUGUAAUGUUUCUGCUGGAGGCUUUCAGUUACCUUUCCAGAAGUGUGAGCAUGCCAUUGACCAAAACAGGGAUCCCAGAUCUCCCAAGAAAGCAUGCAAUGAAUACAGAAAUGUGCUUAUAGAACGCAAUUUCCUAGCAUCGCCGUCCAAGGAUCGUUCCUUCAACAGUCCCAAAUCUAAAGCACCUCCUCUGCAGUCUUCUUUUGCAAGUCCAACACGUCCAAGUCCCACUGGAGGAGGGGAAACUUGUGCUGAAGCAGGGAUCAACAUCUUUUUUAGUAAGAUCACAAAGCUUGCAGCCAUCAGAAUCAAAAGUUUGAGUGAAAGGCUUCAGUUGUCCCAGCAAAUCUCGGAACAUGUCUAUUUUCUCAUUCAGCAGAUCCUUGCUCAUCGUACUGUCCUAUUUUUCAAACGACAUAUUGAUCAGUUAAUUCUUUGUUGCUUCUAUGGAGUUGCUAAGAUUUUUCAACUCAGCUUAACCUUUAAAGAGAUCAUCUACAACUACAGAAAGCAGCCACAAUGCAAACCUCAAGUCUUUCGAAGUGUUUUCAUUCACUGGCCAUCAACUAGCCGAAGCGGAAAGACAGGACAGGAGCAUGUAGAUAUUAUUACCUUUUACAAUGAGGUAUUUGUUCCUUCUGUGAAGCCCUUGUUGGUUGAACUGGGGUCAACCAGUGUGAGUAGCAGAAGCAAGAAAUCCACUGAAGAGAAAAUUAGUUCUGAUAGCCAAAUUCCAGGGUCACCUAUGUUGUCCUCAUUUCCACACCUUCCAGACAUGUCGCCAAAGAAAGUUUCUGCUGUCCACAAUGUUUAUGUUUCCCCUCUGCGAUCAUCAAAGAUCGAUGCCUUGCUCUCACCGAGUUCAAAGAGUUACUAUGCAUGUGUUGGCGAAAGUACACAUGCUUUCCAGAGUCCUUCAAAAGAUCUGUCAGCCAUCAAUAAUCGUUUAAACUGUGGAAGAAAGGUCAAUGGCAGACUCAACUUUGAUGUGGUAAGCGACUUUGUUGUUGCUAGGAGUCUCCAAAAUGGUGGUCCUGUCUCUCCAGGAACUGCUGCUCCAGCUCCUGUAGUAAACAUAGCUGUAAAAGCAGAGCAACCUGAUAGUUGAAUUGCUUAGUUAAUAGUCACUACUUUAUACUAACCUGCCACACCAUGGUCUUCCUAACCUUUAUUAUGGGGAGUCUGAUGUGAGCAAUUAGUAUAAUGCUGUGUAGAAUAAAUGAUAUUGUGCUCCUAAAGCUCCCAGUUGAUGGACACGACUUGCCCUACGUGACACCAAAAGGUAGGAUAUUAAAAUGCCUAACAAUGCAACGAUUUGGUACCAUGGAUUUGUUGUUUAAAUUUCUGCCCAGAUUGUCACAUGACGUGUUGAAUGUGUAUACAAAUUGCUUUGCAUGUGUUGAAAGUGUAUACGAAUUGCUUGCUGUACAAGUCUUACAAAAGGGAGGGGGUUUAAAGUAAUGCUCGCUAAGCAUGCAUGCUACUAGAGAGCAGAUUCCACAUCAAGUUAGACUAAUUCCUGAUGUAAACUUGAAUUCCACUGUUCCUUCCCCUUGAAUAGAAUGGUAAUCAAAUUUCUUAUGUAAAUAAUGUACUUGUAGUUUUUUGAUCAAGUCUUUGUUGCAAACAUAUUUUUGCAACCCUAUGGGUUCGCACAUGAAGAUGUACCUUUGAGAAUGGUAGCUUCAAUCAUAUUUGUUGUAACACUA